CUUGUUGCCUCUUGUUCUCUUGAGCGACCCUGUCGCAAUAAUUAAGGCACCUUCGAAGCUAUCGUCCAUCAGAUCUGAGCGAGAUAGAAAUCUCAUUUGGAAUUGAAAGUAUCUAUUGUUUGCAACAAUCUACUCUACCGUAAAUCCACACUUCUUAUUCUUCCAUCAUGACUUCCCAGAACAAUAAUAAGACCACUCGACGACGAGGAAAACAGGAUCGCCAGCAGGAAGAAAAGGAACAAGUCGAACCCAUGGACGAAGUCGAACAAGAUAAGGAAAUAGAGCUACUACGGAUUGAAGCCUACGAACAAAUGGAUUUGAUGCACAAUGUAUUCUCGAGAAUCUGUGAAGGUGCCAUGUUUCUGUGUCUCAUUCUCGGGGUGGCCAGCCAAGAUUUGUGGUGCUGGAUUCACGUCGUGGGGGGCAUUUUCUUGCAUUGGGGUGCCACCCGCAUCGUGGCAUCUUCCAGGCCCACUCAAGAAGAUUCGGGGCUGCACCAAAUAUUGCCGUUUGUCGCGCUUGUGGUUGUGGCGGCAGUAUUUGCCUUUCAAUACAUUCGAAAGGAAGCCGUCAAAAACGACUACGUGGACGACCAAAUGCAUCACAUGGCAUUGGCACUAUCCAAUGCAGUCACCAUGCUAGCAGCCCUGUACCUGAGAUGGGAUUGUCAAUCCACACAGCAACAGAUUAGUCAGUUGGAAAAGUCCAAGUAUAGGUAUAAAUCCUUAUAGCAAUCAUUAGGAAGAU